AAAGAGGCCAUUAGAUUCUCUCUCUCUUGAGUUUUGAGUUUUGAGUUUUGUUCCUCAAACUUGUUGCUUCUUCCUUUGGGUUUCUUCUCUCUUAACCAGAAUCAAACCUGUCUUUCUAUUCCUAUAAAAACCAAACUCCAUCUUCCCCUCAACUCUCCCCUCUCCACACCAAACCUUCUAUCUCUCUCCCUUCUCCUCAUAAGAACUUAAAGAAGAACACAAGACAAAGAAUAGCCAUUAAAAAAAAAUGGAGGUUUCAACGAGAAAGCCUUAUUUCAUAGAAGAAGAAGACGAUGGUUUGGCUUCUCUAGAAGCUGGAGUUUCGAGUCCUUCUUGUUACGACAACAGUCUCAAGAUGAAUCCUCAGAGUUAUUAUUAUUACCAUCAUCAUCACUACUCUGUUUCAUCUCCCAGAUCUGGAAAAUUCCAUGAUUUUAGAUUCGACAAUAGCUGCUACGGACAGCAGCCACUUCCUCAUUUCUUGGACUCUUGUUUCCUCUGCAAGAAACGUCUUGGUGAUAACAGAGACAUCUUCAUGUACAGAGGAGACACACCGUUCUGUAGCGAAGAGUGUAGAGAAGAACAGAUAGAAAGAGACGAAGCUAAAGAGAAGAAACAGAGUCUGUCUUCUUCCGUGAAAGCUAUGAGAAGAAAUGAAAAGCGAAGCUCUUCUUCUUCUCCUACUAGAUCUCGUGACUAUGCUUUCCACACUGGAACCGUUGCUGCUGCCUAAUUUCAAAGUUAUAAAGUAAAAAAGUGAUAGAGAAUCCCAUUAACGCUCAUUGCUUUAACAGCUUGGUAAUGGGUUUUUUUGGGUUUCUUUCUUCAUCUAAAGAAAAAUCUUAGUUUGAAUUUGAAAAGCUCAGAAGAAAAAAAAGAAGAAAAUGGUUAGGGAAAAAAAUAAAAUAAAAAAGUAAAGAAACCUCUCUUUUUCAAGGGUUUUGUCCUUUUCUUUGUUAUUUUUUCUUUAUUUGUUUCUUUUUUCUUUUUAUUAGUUUUUUUUCUUUUUCUUUUAAGAAGAAAUCAACAUGCAAUUUUGGGAGUACAAAAAAACUAUGGCCAAAACGCCUAUGUGUGAAUUUGGUAAAUCUUGAUGUCAAAAAAAAAAAAAAGGUAAAUCUUUUGUUUUUUAAUGGGAAGAAAAAAAUAUUUGUAAGCAUCAGACUGGCUGUUCUCUUGUUUUGGAAUGAUGGGUUUGUAAUGUAAAAAGUUCAA